GCCGCCAUGGCCACGCCGCUGCCCGGCCGCGGGGGCGGGCCCGCCACGCCGCUGUCGCCCACGCGCCUGUCGCGGCUGCAGGAGAAGGAGGAGCUGCGCGAGCUCAAUGACCGCCUGGCGCACUACAUCGACCGUGUCCGCGCGCUCGAGCUCGAGAACGACCGGCUGCUGCUCAAGAUCUCCGAGAGGGAGGAGGUGACCACGCGCGAGGUGAGCGGCAUCAAGACGCUGUACGAGUCGGAGCUGGCGGACGCCCGCCGGGUGCUGGACGAGACGGCGCGGGAGCGGGCCCGGCUGCAGAUCGAGCUGGGGAAGCUGAAGGCGGAGCUGGAGGAGGCCAACAAGGGCUCCAAGAAGAGGGAGGGCGAGCUUGCGGUGGCUCAGGGCCGCGUGAAGGAUCUGGAGUCCUUGUUCCACCGGAGUGAGGCAGAGCUGGCCGCCGCCCUCAGCGAGAAGCGUGGCCUGGAGAGCGACGUGGCCGAGCUGCGGGCCCAGCUGGCUAAGGCGGAGGACGGUCACGCGGUGGCCAAAAAGCAGCUGGAGAAGGAGACGCUGAUGCGCGUGGACCUGGAGAACCGCUGCCAGAGUCUGCAGGAGGAGCUCCACUUCCGCAAGAACGUCUUCGAGGAGGAGGUGCGGGAGACGCGGCGGCGGCACGAGCGCCGCCUGGUGGAGGUGGACAGCAGCCGGCAGCAGGAGUACGACUUCAAGAUGGCGCAGGCGCUGGACGAGCUGCGCAGCCAGCACGACGAGCAGGUGCGCCGGUACAAGCUGGAGCUGGAGCAGACCUACCAGGCCAAGCUCGACAGCGCCAAGCUGAGCUCCGACCAGAACGACAAGGCGGCCAGCGCCGCCCGGGAGGAGCUGCAGGAGGCGCGCGUGCGGCUCGAGUCCCUCAGCUACCAGCUGUCUGGCCUCCAGAAGCAGGCCAGUGCCGCAGAGGACCGGAUUCGCGAGCUCGAGGAGACCAUGGCUGGGGAGCGGGACAAGUUCCGCAAGAUGCUGGACGCCAAGGAGCAGGAGAUGACCGAGAUGCGGGACGUGAUGCAGCAGCAGCUGGCCGAGUACCAGGAGCUGCUCGACGUCAAGCUGGCGCUGGACAUGGAGAUCAGCGCCUACCGCAAGCUCCUGGAGGGCGAGGAGGAGAGGCUGAAGCUGACCCCCAGCCCAUCGUCGCGGAUCGCCGUGUCACGGGCCACGUCGAGCAGCAGCAGCAGCAGCGUGUCCACGGCCGGGCGCUCGGGCCGCAGCAAGCGCAAGCGGCUGGAGGCGGAGGAGUCGCCGGGCGCGGGCUCGAGCGGCAUCGGCACCGGCACGGGCAGCAGCAGCAGCAGCAGCAGCAGCUUCCACCUGGCGCAGCAGGCCUCGGCCUCGGGCGGCGUCAGCAUCGACGAGAUCGACCUGGAGGGCAGGUUCGUGCAGCUGAAGAACAGCUCGGACAAGGACCAGUCUCUGGGGAACUGGAGGAUCAAGAGGCAGAUCCUGGAGGGGGAGGAGAUCUCCUACAAGUUCACGCCCAAGUACGUGCUGCGCGCCGGCCAGACGGUCACGGUGUGGGCAGCUGGUGCGGGAGUGGCCCACAGCCCCCCCUCGACGCUGGUGUGGAAGAGCCAGGACAGCUGGGGCGUGGGCGAGAGCUUCCGGACCGUCCUGGUCAACGCCGACGGGGAGGAGGUGGCCAUGAGAACCGUGAAGCAGUCCUCGGUGGUGCGGGAGACGGAGAACGGGGAGGGAGAGGAGGAGGCCGCGGAGUUUGGCGAGGAGGAUCUUUUCCAUCAACAGGGGGACCCCAGGACCACCUCGAGAGGCUGCCGCGUGAUGUGAACGGGACGCGCCUCAUCACUUGUCUUUACCCAGAGCCACUGAAAACUAUUUUUCUAUCAUUGGCUGUCUUUACUCCUUGAUACAUUUCUAGAGGGUUUCUAAGCGUACUGCCAGAACGCGGGGUGGGUCUCUGGGGUCUUUCCUGCGGGUGGGCUCCCUUAGACACUUCUCAUCGCCACUGGUCAUUUUUUUGGUGCCCCAUUUCACCAUUUGGUUGAAUUCGAGGCCAGGGACGGAAUGGCUGACAGGGGUUGGGUGUGGAGGCCGGAAGACUGGGCCGGGCUGGGCUCAGGGACUGCUGUCCCUCUGCCUCCCCCACACGCUGGCUGCUGGGGCCCGCCCUGUGGCCUCGAGGGCACGGAGAUCAGAGCUGCCGUGUCCAGUGAAGCUCCUUAAGAGCCCAGUCCAGAAGCCAGGUUCUGACCUGGGGGGCAGCAGGCACAUCCCCUGUGGCAUUCGGGUGGCCCGGGCGCAGGUGUGGCAGGGGCCUGGGUGCGGGUUUUGGCUGCUUGGCCUGGGCUUGGGGGCUUUGGUGUACUUCUGGGAUUCUGGUGUGAUGGAGAGCUGCCGCAGGCCACACCGGGGCACUCGGCUGUGGGCCACCUUUUCCCUUCCUGGCUGUCUGGCCCUUGGGUUUCUGGAGCUUUCUGUAGUGCAGUUCCUAAGCUUGCAGGACCACGAGGCAGGAGAGAGAGCUGGAAACCCAGGGAACAGGGACAGCUCCGUUUGGAGACUUGUCACCAGGUAAUGGCCAGGGGACAGGUGGAAGGGGUAGUGGGAUCACCUGGGAAGCAAGUGUCCCCCGGGUCUCAAAGCCACUGUCCACAGGGCACAGCCACUUCCUGCCCUCCCUCAGUGAAGAGGGGGACUUGACGGUGAGCCACUGGGCCACCGCAAGCUGUUCUCCCACUCUGUGCCUUGUGCAUGGGGCUGAGUCCUGACCCCCACACUGUCCCGUACGCUGUGUGUGUGUCUUGCUGUCUGUCCUAGCUUCCGUGGCGACCUUCUCGCUGAAAUGCUGUUUCUCAGAGGCCAGUGCCGGCUGAUUCCACAGGACGGCUCCACGACCCCCCACCCAGCUCCCGGCUGCCAUGCCGCCUCGGUGGUCCCUCACCGUGUGUACCCCUCCCACACAGAUACACAGAAGUUAUUUUUUUAAUGGAUAUUUAUUUUUUUACAUUGGUCAGUACUCAGAUUGCCGGAUCCCGCUUCAGGCCUCAUGCCAGAGCCCCCCCCAGGGGCUGGAGUUGAGGGGGGCCAUCUCGGUGACUUCUGAGGCCCCAGACGGCAAAUUCCUUCAGAAAGCGCAGCUCAAGUCUUAAAGACGUCAUACUGAGCCACGGAGGCAGCUGCCCCCAGAAGGCAGCCCGUUUACAAGCAGCCUGCGUCCGGCCCUUCCCAGCUCCACCGACGCCGCCCUAGGUCCGCAGCAAGCCUGCCUCCCGCCUCAGCGGUCGGUCUCCCGUCCCUGGGAACCUGCUUGUGGCCCGAGGGUCAAGGCUUCUGCACCGAGAAUCUGGCCACAGCCCCUUGCUUGAGGUCUAGUUCUUUCCAUGGCUGCCCGGUACCCAGGCCCGAGGUCGGUCUUUCUCGUGGACGGAAACGGCUCACCACCAUUCCCCGCCUUUCUGGGGGGCCCUGGGGAGCUCGCCCCGCCCCGCCCCACGCAGGACCUUUCCCAGGAGAGCCGCAGGCUGUGCAUCCCCCAGCCCCAUCCCGCCUGGCCCACUGCGGGCCUGGACUGCAGAGGCAGAGGCCUCGGGAGCGUGGGGCCGGGGUCGUGCAGGCAGUGCGGAGGGGGGGCCUGACGGGCUCGGGGGGCGGGGUUCGCCGGUGAGCCGUGCAGGGUCCCGGGCGUCUGCACCGGCCUGGGAAGCAGCUCGUAGUUGUCCGCAUCCUUAGGUUUAAGCCGCUUUAAAGGACGCGGGGACGGUUCCCUGGACCUGGCCCCCCGCGGCCCGGCCCCGGCGCGCCCCGCGGGAGCACCAGCACGACCUGCGGGGGUGGGCCGGGGCCGGCCGGCGUCCGUGAACUUGCAUGCCAAACGUGUGGUCCUUCCUUUCUCCCGUGUUUGUAAUACGCGUUUUACGACCGGACACUUUUGUACAACACGCCAAUAAACAUUUGGUUUUACUGCUG